AUGGCUCCCCAUCCAACCAGCACCGAUGCGAUUCUUGGUUUGAAGGGAAAAGGUCUAGGUCCUCAGUUUAUCCCAUACCUUAUUAUGGAUGAUAUUGAAAAACGUAUUCAGAAUGCCAUUGAAGUCUAUAAUGGCAAUCAAAAACAAAAAAUCCUACCUCUGGCGCGCAAAUUCAACAUUCCUUAUCAACCUCUUCGAGCGAGAAUCAAUGGAAGGAAAACACGCAAUGCAAAGAUUGCACCGAACAAGAAGCUUAGCAAGAGCCAGGAGGAUGUGUUGAAAGACAAGAUGUGGAUCUAUCGAUAUAUAAAAAGCUUGGAUGGGUAUAAAAGAGUGAAGCAGAAGGCAAUGGAUCUGAAAAGAAUUGCUGUAGAGGAUAUUAACUACAUCAAAGUGUGGUUUGACUGUCUGGAAAUCUUACUUCAAAAGUAUGCAUUUCAAACCUGCGAUAUCUACAACUUUGAUGAGAUUGGCUUUCAAGAAGGUCAAGGAUGCAGAGAAUGGGUUAUUACUGCUUUUAAAGACUUGAAUUCAGUUAUAACUUCAUCAUAUUCUCAAGGAUUGAUCACUGUGAUUGAGUGUAUUUCAGCAGAUGGUGAGGUAUUGAAUCCCUUCAUUAUCAUGAAAAUCAAAACCCAUUUCAAAGAUUGGUAUACACAAAGCAACCUACUGGGUGGAUAUAUGAUCGCGAUGUCAGAUACUGGCUAUACCAAUGAUGAGAUUGGCUUUGCUUGGAUUCAGCAUUUUAAUAAAGUUAUUAAAAAACAUCAACAAAGCAGUCAUUGA